UCAGUAGAUGGCACCAUGCAAGUCCUGCUCCUCCUCCUCGCAGCUGUGGGGUUUUGCUGGGGGCAGUACAACCCCAACACCCUCUCUAAGAGGACAUCUAUUGUACAUCUCUUUGAAUGGCGCUGGGCGGAUAUUGCUCUGGAGUGUGAACGCUAUUUAGCUCCUAAUGGAUUUGGAGGUGUUCAGGUUUCACCUCCAAAUGAAAAUAUUGUUGUUACUAACCCAAACAGACCUUGGUGGGAAAGAUACCAGCCCAUUAGCUACAAGCUCUGCACUCGGUCAGGAAACGAAGAUGAGUUCAAAGACAUGGUGACCAGAUGCAACAAUGUUGGAGUUCGUAUUUAUGUGGAUGCUGUCGUCAACCACAUGUGUGGGGCUGCAGGUGGCUCAGGCACACAUUCUACCUGUGGAAGUUAUUUUAAUGCUGGAAACAGAGAUUUUCCAGCUGUGCCGUACUCUGGCUGGGAUUUCAAUGAUGGCAAAUGUCACAGUGGAAGUGGAGAAAUUGAAAAUUAUGGUGAUAUAUAUCAGGUCCGGGACUGCCGCUUGACCAGCCUUCUGGAUCUGGCCCUGGAGAAGGACUACGUGCGCUCAAAGGUGGCUGAGUACAUGAACCAUCUCAUUGACAUUGGCGUAGCAGGCUUCCGAAUUGAUGCUGCCAAGCACAUGUGGCCUGGAGACAUUAAAGCAUUUCUGGACAAGCUGAAAGAUCUAAAUACUGCAUGGUUUCCUGAAGGAACAAAACCAUUCAUUUUCCAGGAGGUAAUUGACCUGGGUGGAGAGCCGAUCACAGGCAGCGAGUACUUUGGAAAUGGCCGAGUGACAGAGUUCAAAUACGGUGCAAAGCUGGGGACAGUGAUCCGCAAGUGGAACGGAGAAAAGAUGGCCUACCUAAAGAACUGGGGAGAAGGCUGGGGCUUUGUGCCUUCCGACAGAGCCCUGGUGUUUGUGGACAAUCAUGACAACCAGCGGGGGCACGGGGCCGGUGGAUCUGCUAUUCUGACCUUCUGGGAUGCCAGGCUCUAUAAAAUGGCAGUUGGUUUCAUGCUGGCCCAUCCGUAUGGGUUCACACGUGUGAUGUCAAGUUUCCGCUGGCCAAGAUAUUUUGUCGAUGGAAAGGACAUCAAUGACUGGGUUGGACCCCCAAGUAACUCGGAUGGCUCAAUAAAGCCUGUGACAAUCAAUGAGGACACUACCUGUGGCAACGACUGGGUUUGUGAACAUCGCUGGCGUCAGAUAAAGAACAUGGUUAUCUUCCGUAACGUGGUGGACGGUGAGCCUUUCUCCAACUGGUGGGACAACGGCAGCAAUCAAGUAGCUUUUGGCCGUGGUAAUAAAGGCUUCAUCAUUUUCAAUAAUGAUGACUGGAAUAUGAGUGUUUAUUUGCAAACUGGACUGCCUGCUGGUACGUACUGUGAUGUUAUUUCUGGACAAAAGGAGGACAACAAAUGUACUGGAAAACAGGUGUAUGUUUCUGGUGAUGGAAAGGCUAAUUUCCAGAUUAAUACUGACGCUGAAGAUCCAUUUAUUGCAAUUCAUGUUGAUGCGAAAUUGUAACUCCAGAGAAGUGUCCUCCUCUGUGCAUUACUGUUUCCCCUAUAUGUGGUUUCCUGGUUUUUGAGCAUGAAUGAUUCUGUAUCUAGUAAAUAGUAAAUGGCAAGUAAAUUGAAGAGUAGUGCUUUUUCCCUUAA